AUGUCUCAAGAGUAUUUAGUCAUCGUUUACGACUUACCCACAGCCGACCGUUCAAAAGUUCGCGCUGAGCACGUCAAGGAUAUCCCAGCCAAUGUGCCAAAUCCAAUCCGUUCUGCGGGCGCCAUAUACGUCGAUGACGCGAGAACUAAGUUUGCUGGCAGCUCGUUCCAUCUCGUUGCCAAUGACAGAAGCGAAAUUCUCGAAUUUUUGAAAAAGGACAUCUAUUAUAGAGAAGGAGUUUGGGAUAUUGACAAUGUGGUGAUCCAUCCUAUUGGGAACGCAGUUCGACUUCCAAAGAAAAUGGAUGGUGUAGAUGAACUGAACUACAAGAUUUAA